AUGCUAAACUUCGCCCUGGUCGCCGCUCUGGCCGUUCUUUCAUCGCUACCAGGCAGUUUCGCUGCCAAUGAUGGCGUCAGCAACCGCGUCGCUGCCCAACGCGCCGGUGUUCAAGGCGGCACAGCUCCAACCUUCCCCGAUAGGGUCUACGUAGGAAGUCCCCUCACCCCGCCUCAAGUCUUCAUGGUCAACGGCAUACGUAGCCGCGCCGACGGCCGCUCCAACUCAGGCGUCUCGUACUCCGGGCACAUCUGGUUUGAGACCGAGGAGACAGGGCACGCUCGAGCCGACCCGGCCGACCCGUGGAUAACAACCCAUGUCGAGCCAGCACAUGCCUGGUGGAAUUCGGGGCAGAUAUACAAGCGUAAACAGCAGAUAUAUUACGUUUACUACGUCGAAGCGAGCUUCAUCAAACGGCAGCUCACGCGAGGCUAUGCCAAAUACAAGGAGAGCAUCAAAGCGUUCCCCUUGGACCAUUUCCACUAUGUCGUGUAUCCGUUGUACAACUCCAGGAUUCCCUGGAAUGCCAUCAUUGGCUGGGACAUUGUCCUGCCGGAUGGGACCGGUAAGUUUGAGGAGAACAAGGUGCGGUUCAAAAAGCCAGACUGGGACGCCUGGCACGAGUCUAGACGGGCCGAAUCGCCCCAGCGUGCAAGCGACGUCACUGAUGCGAGCCCAAACCCCACGACAGCUCCAGAUCUCGCAGCCGGGGUGACUGCGUUCCAAAAUCCGUUGGGAGAACAGGACGAGACCAGCAGCCGAAACAACACCUGGCUGAACUCGCAGACGUGCGGGUGGUUUAACGGAACUUCAUCGCUGCCACUCACAUGCGACAAGCCAUGGUCGUGCGUCACAGACCAAGGCGUUGUUGCCUGCCACUCGUACCCCUGGACGGUCCUACAUUCCGUAUGCCUCGACUACCAGGCCCAGCAGCUCGGCAAAUGCACCAGCCUGGGGGGUCUGACUGGAUGCUGCUCUUCGGCCGAGUACCCGGCAUGCCUGACAUAUCUGUGGACGGAGCCUCCUGCGAGGUCGCUGCUGGCCUGCGGAAAGACCAGCACGGUAAUGUACAUGAACGACCGUCCCCAGUUCGUCAUUGACGCGGAACGCACAAGCUCGUCGUCCUCAUUCACAGGCGCCAUCUCCUCCACGACGCCGAGCGGUGGAAGUGUCCCCACCGCCGCGGAUCCAACCGGCAAUGAGCCGGCCGACAGAGACACGGCGAAUCUUGCCGGCGUCGUAGCCGGGGCAGCCAUCGGUGGACUGCUCAUCAUCGCCGUGCUGACCGCCGUCAUUGUCUGGCUGUGCCUACGACACAGGCGGCCCCGGGACAGGAAAACAAGAGACCGGGCGGGCGACGAAGCGGUUCGUGGGCACAAUUUGCAGAUGCUGUCAACGCCAGGAUCGCGCAGGGUUUCGUCACCGGCUCCUGCUACACCGGCACAGGCUGCAACUGAAGCUUUACCUGGAGCCCAGCCAGGAUUAGGAACCCCUUACUAUGCUCACCCGCCCGGCACGGCUUUGUAG